AUGGUGCCCACCGACCUGGACGAGAAAUCCGGCUUCAUCCACCUUUCGACUGCCGCGCAGGUGCCUGGGACGUUAGGGCGGUUCUUUAGGCUUCCUCCGGGGGAGCAGAGCAGUGUUUAUUUGCUGAGGGUCGAGUUGGCGGCUCUUGUCGCGCAGGGUGCGGAGAAGUGUGUAGUGAAGUGGGAGAAUGGGGAUGGUGAGGAAGGGGCGGAAUGGGAGGAGGGGUUCUUUCCGCAUGUGUAUUUUGGGGAUGGGAGGAUGGUGUUGGAGAAAGAGGAGGUGGAGAGUGUGGUUGAGUUUGUCAGUAGGCGGGAGGAGGAGGGAUGGGAGGGGGCGCUCGGGAGGACUGUGGAGGGGUGGUUGGUUUGA